GAAACCCGUUGUUGCUUGCUGUGAAAAGUUUAGUUUCACAUUUCUGCUGUUCGGACUGUUACACCAGUACAGACGUUCGUUUGUGUGUCGUCUCAAUCUUCAUCUGGUUUUAUGAUUAGCUUCGAUCAGAUCUUGCAACGUACGUACUACGAUAGAUGCAACAAUGCACAUGCAUUUGUAUGUAGUCAAACCAUGUGCAAUACGUGGUUAUACAUUGGCAGCCAUUCCCUGAGAAAGAGCGAUUGAGACAUGAUGCUCAAAUUAGUGCGAAAAAAUGUAAACAAUCCAACGUCAACCGGUUUGUUGGUAGGCAAUCGCGGUGCAUGUUGUGCUACGAAAUGGCCCGUGCCGAGUCUAAAUUUUACAAUCGUUGCCGAUUCUGCUUUAAUCAGGACGAGGAUAAGUUGAUGCCCUUGUCGAUAACACUGGACGCGACGCUAACGAUCUUGGAUGUAGAGCAUUUUACGGGGCUUAAUUUGCAGGAUUUAGAUCGCGAAGAUAAACCUUUCAUGGUGUGUGAUGGAUGUGACCGGCAUGUUAAUGUAAGUGUCGCGUUUCGAAACACUUGCCGUAGGAACGACGCGUUUUUCAAGCAGGAACCGUGUAAUCAAUCUGCUGAAGAUGACGAUGAUAAGGAUGAAGCAAUGGACACAUUUGCCGGGCCAGCUUCGGAGAUGAGCAUAUCGGCGGACGAGACCGCCCCUGAAAAGGACGUCUUUGCCGAUGAGGAUACAGCAGAGAAUCACGAUAUAGAUGAAGAAUCAUCGGACGAUUUUACAUGGCCAGAAGCUCCCUCGCCAAAGGUAGAAAAGAUCGUCCGUCGAAGGCUGCCAAAAACAGAAUCCACUUCCCGGCGAAAAAAGACAAUACACAGGAGAUGGCUUUGUACUAUUUGUGGUUUGUUCAUGACGAAUUACACCAAACAUAUGCAAAGGCAUAUUGAUCCAACUCCGUUUGCGUGCCCGCACUGUGAUAAGAAAAUGAGCGACUCUGCAAAUAUGAAGCGCCACAUUGAUGCCGUGCAUUUGAAAAUAGUCGUUGCAACGUGUGAAGAAUGUAAUUUGCCAUUCUAUGUAAAACCGGAAUAUAAAUGGCAUAUGGUGCGCGUGCAUGGUCAAGGGGACAUGACACCGCGUUAUAAAUGCCAGUUUUGCCCGAAGGCGUUUUAUUUCCAUACCCGCAUGCGGGUGCACAUGGAACAGAAGCACUACGAACAUCGAAACUACGUGUGUAAAAUUUGUGGCAUGCGAUUUAAAACAAACAAUGCUCUUCUCGUACACAAGAAAAUACAUUCGUCUGAAGCGCACUACCAGUGCCGUAUCCCAAUGUGUUCGAGGCGAUUCAGGAGCGCGAACGGUCGUAGGCAGCACGAAAUGACACACAGCGGCAUCAUUUUCGGAUGCGACCAGUGCGACAAGCAGUAUCAUAGCAGUAGUUUGCUUCAAGCACACGUGAGAAAAUGCCAUCCAAAAACAGAGGAGGAAAGUGGUGCAAUGCGGCGUCCGACAACAGCUGUGGUUGCUAACCACUGGUGUUGCUAUAAACAUUGGACACGGUUUUAUGGCAUCGUCGGGCUGUCAACGACCCUGUUGCCUCAAGGGUUAGAGGGUUUGUUAUUAAACAACAGCGAGGUGUGUGUGCGCUUGGCGAUGGCUGUUCCAGCAAAAUUAGGGAAUAUUUGUAGAUUUUGCCUCAACCAGAAGCAGGACCAACUGGUUCCACUCAUUACGAUCGUGGACAGUUCGCUUACGCUAGAGAACAUAGAAAGAUUUACCGGAAUUGAGAACCUAGAGGAGGAAAGCAAACAGUACGCCUCGUGCAGCGACUGCCAUAUGGCGCUGCUCAGUUCUGUGUCCUUUCGCAACACGUGCCUGGCAAAUGAAGCACUCUUCAGGGAGCUGUGCACCGUAGUGGAGGAACAUCUCGACGAUGACGAGGCAGAUGAGUUUGUGGUCGAGGAACUGCAGGAAACGGUCUCGGAAAUGGAAUUCAUUGUAGUAAAUAAUCGCAAAAAACGGAAAGCGACUGAAAGGAAGGAAUCGCCGGCAGGCAAAGCGCUAACGUGCAGCAGAACCACGCGAAGGGUGAAUGACGGAACGAAGCCUGACACCGAUUACUGUGCGAACCGGAUCGAGCUCGGUGAACCGUUCUCCUCCGACGAGGAGCAAAGGUCGACCCGGGCAGGCCAGGUGAUACUGGACAAGGAGGCACUGUUUGCCGAGAGUUUGCGGCUUAUACGAGAGGCACAGGAACGGAACGUGCAUGCCACGGCGGAAACCCUCGAGUCCGCGGGCGAUGAGAGCAAUGAUUCAAGUCAUGCGCCACCCGUUGCUAGCGAGCGGCACCCGAGAGCUCCCAAAAUGCAGCUGUGUGAGGUGUGCGGCAAGGUGGUGCAGAAGCUGAGCGAACACAUCGCGAUCCACACGAAGGAAAUGAGGUACGCGUGCCCGCACUGCCCGGUGAGGAUGGCCAACCAUGCGAAUCUGUACCGCCACGUGCAGGCCGUCCAUCUGAAGCGGGUGGUAAAAUCGUGCGAAAUUUGCGCCAAGGGAUUCACCAGCAACGCGUCGUACAAAUCACACAUGCGCUCGGAGCAUGGGAUUGGUGAAACGUACGAGUGCAAGCUAUGCCCGAAGAAGUUCAACCAUCCGGGCAACUAUCGCGUACACUUUAUCCGUUGCCAUAGCGACGUAAGGAAAUUCACUUGCACGAUCUGUGGGAAGCAGUUCAAAGAAAAGCGCGAUCAUCGAAACCAUCAGCGAGUACACUCGGACGACAAACCCUUCGCCUGCAGCCAGUGCCCGAAGCUGUUCAAAAGCGAUUACGCCAGGAAAACGCACGAACUGACGCACAGCGGUGUAGUGUUUCGGUGUGCGCACUGUGAUAAAGGAUACCGCUACAAAUGCCUGCUAAACAUACACAUAAGGAAGGACCAUACUGCAACAAUAAAGCAAGAAGGCAGCAACGAUUGACAAACACACACGUUGGUCACCAACAGGUAACAGAG